AUCACCCUCCUCAAUUCCUUAUAUUCCACUCCACGGUCCAACCCCCCCCCUGAUGGCCGCCUCCACCUUCCGUCUCUUGCUUCAACUUUCUCUCCUCCUCGCCCUCCUCUUUCAUCAAAACGUCCACCCGGCCACCACCUCAUGCUACACCUCCAUCUUUAGCUUCGGGGACUCCCUCGCCGACACCGGAAACCUUCUCUACUCCCCCAGCAACAACGCCGGAGCCAUCGCCCGGCUUCCAUACGGCGAGACUUACUUCCAUCGCCCCACCGGCCGGUUCUCCGAUGGGCGACUCAUCAUCGACUUCAUUGCACAAGGCAUCGGAAUACCGCUCGUGCCACCGUAUCUAGCAGGGCCUGGUGAUCAUGGAUUCCGGCAAGGGGCUAACUUUGCGGUGGGAGGGGCGACGGCACUCGGCAACGACUUCUUUAGAGAGAAGGGACUUCAUGUUAGCUGGACCGAGUACUCAUUGGGCACGCAAAUCGAGUGGUUCAAGCAACUCCUGCCUUCCCUCUGCUCCUCGAGUUCAGACUGCAAAGGCAUCUUGAGCAACUCACUUUUCCUCGUGGGAGAAAUAGGAGGCAACGACUACAACCACCCCUUCUUUCAAGGAAAAACCAUGGAUGAGAUACGAACCUUCGUUCCCCGCAUCAUCUCUGCCAUUAGCUCAGCUAUCAAUGUUUUGAUCCAACUUGGGGCAAAGACAUUGGUUGUACCUGGUAAUUUCCCAAUCGGAUGCGUCUCCUGGUAUCUUCAAACUUUCCAAAGCCAAAGGAAAGAAGACUAUGACUCGCAAACGGGUUGUAUCAAGUGGCUGAAUGAAUUCUCGGCGCACCACAAUCGACUGCUUCUAGAUGAGCUGGAUCGCCUUCGUCAACUUCACCCCCAUGCAACCAUCAUCUAUGCUGACUAUUACAAAGCACUGCUCCACAUCUUCCGUUCUCCAACACAGUUUGGAUUUAAAAAGGCGCCUCUUGCCGCAUGCUGUGGAGGUGGUGGUCCCUAUAAUGCCUCUGUAGCGUGCGGAGAUCGGGCGGCCACGGUUUGCAAUGAUCCAUCGAGAUAUGUUUCCUGGGACGGAAUGCACCUAACGGAGGCAGCUUACAAGACGAUUGCGCAAGGCUUAUUGGAAGGACCAGACACCACUCCUCCCAUAACCCAAGCAUGCCCACACAUAGAGCAGAGUGCCGCUCAUAGCCUACAUCCAAUGUAGGGAAUAAACCAAUAGUGUCUUCUGCUAAUCAGAAACAAAGGAGAAAAAAAAGAAUGUAACAAGAAUUAAAAAAAAAAAAAGGAAAGAUGAUGUUUUGUAAUAUAUUUGCAUCACAUAUAUUUUUU